AUGGGCCAGUUUUCUCUCAACAACCAGAUUAUAGUCGUGGCCGGUGGAUCACAGGGACUUGGUAAAGAAUUUGCCCGCAGAUUCUAUCAAAAUGGCUCUAAUUCGACCGUUAUUGUUGUCAGCAGAUCACGGUCCAAGCUUCAACAGGCAGUGCGCGAGAUCUCAGGCGAAAAAACUGCGCAAGAGCUAACUGAUGGGCUACAAUUAGCAAGUGGUCAGCGUAAAAUUUUGUUUGCACCCUGCGAUUUGGCCGAUUACGAGCAAGUAGAGCGAUUGCACGGUACACUAACUUCUUGCUCACUGACUCCAACAAUGGUGUUACUGUGCGCUGGAGGAUCUCAUCCCGGACUUUUCAAAGAUCUGAAAGGAAGUGAGCUCGAAAUGGGCGUGAAGGUGAACUACAUGACCUGUGUCAACUUGGCCCACGUUGCGGUGCGCAAUUGGCCGUCCACGCACCUAAUUUUUUUCUCGAGCGCAGCAGCUUUUUUCCCAUUCAUUGGCUACUCUCAAUACGCUCCAGUAAAGCAGUCUAUCAAGGCGCUGGUGGCGAUUCUUCGUCAGGAAUGUGCCCAACAACGCGUUUCGUGCGUCUAUCCGGGCAAUUUCGAUAGUGAGGGCUACGUACUCGAGAACGAGACCAAACCUGCGAUUACCAAAGAAAUAGAAGGACCCUCCGAAGCCAUAUCUUGUGAGAAAUGCUGUAAUAGAAUUAUCAAACAAUUGCAAAUGGGAUACGAUGACGUAACAACAGAUUUUAUCGGGUGGUUUUUGAUGAGCACUGAUAUGGGUCUGAACAAACAAAAUAACGUUUCAAUAGGCUGGCCAUUACUGUGGAUAUUGGGUAUUGUUUCCAAUUUGAUUAUAGUUCCAAUUUACAUGCUUAUUUGCAAAUUCCAGCUACGGAAGUGGCGUAAAUCUACCCAAAAAGAGAUGUAA